AUGUAUCAUCCACCAGCACUUGAAAAUGAUGGGGCUAAACUCAACUUAAUGAAUGAUGGAGAGAAAUACUUCCCUCAUAAUGAUCAAGACCUUCAUGAGAUGCUCUGCAUAUUUGUAUCAAAAAACAAGAAGUUUACCAUAUUCAUAGAAAUGCUUUCAAAAGUUUUUUCAGAUUGGUCUUUCCCAAAAUAUAAAGAUCUGGAAAAUGAUUCUUCCUGGGCAAUACUUAAACAUCUUAUAGCUGAACUAAAUUCCGUCUUAAAUGAGGCAUCGAAAUCGGAGCCAGUUGAUUUCGCAAUAGAUUUACUCCAAUCCGAAAAAACUGUUGGUGUGACAGAGUUAAAGGACAAAGAUUUUUAUAAGGGCAUUGCUUAG